GGCGGUGACGUCGCAGGGGGAAACAAACAUGGCGUCUGGACAGCAGUGGGUGUUGGUUGAAAUGGUGCAAGCCUUGUACGAGGCCCCGUCUUAUCACCUCAUUUUGGAAGGGAUCCUCAUUUUAUGGAUCGUCAGACUUCUCUUCUCAAAAACCUACAGACUACAUGAGACGAACAAACUCACUGAAAAGGAAAAGGAGGAUCUUAUCGAGGAAUGGCAGCCAGAACCUCUCGCUCCAACCAUUUCUGGAAAUUCUACUUCCAUGCCCUAUGAUGUCGUCACAGGACCUCCCAGCCACAAAAUGAUAAUCAAUGGAAAAGAGUGCAUUAACUUUGCAUCGUUUAACUUCCUGGGUCUCCUAGACAAUGAGCGAGUAAAGCAAAAGGCUUUGUCAUCGCUGAAGAAGUACGGUGUUGGAACAUGUGGUCCGAGGGGCUUCUAUGGAACUUUUGAUGUUCACCUGGAGCUGGAGAGCAGGCUCGCCGAAUUCAUGAAAACCGAAGAAGCCAUCAUCUACUCCUACGGCUUUGCCACCAUUGCGAGUGCAAUCCCCGCUUACUCUAAGAGGGGAGACAUCAUCUUUGUGGAUGAGUCGGCGUGCUUUUCCAUCCAAAAAGGCCUUCAAGCGUCCCGAAGCUUCAUCAAGUACUUCAAGCACAAUGACAUGGAUGACUUGGAGAAGCUUCUCAAGGAACAAGAGUUAGAAGAUCAGAAGAACCCUCGUAAGGCUCGAGUGACUCGCAAGUUCAUCGUAGUGGAAGGCCUGUACGUCAACACUGCAGACAUUUGUCCUCUUCCUGAAUUGGUGAAACUAAAGUACAAGUACAAGGUGCGGAUUUUCCUGGAGGAGAGCAUGUCUUUCGGCGUCUUGGGAGAGCAUGGCCGUGGAGUCACAGAGCACUUUGGAGUGAAUAUAGAAGACAUUGACUUGAUCAGUGCCAACAUGGAGAACGCUGUGGCUUCCAUUGGAGGCUUCUGCUGCGGACGUUCUUUUGUGAUAGACCACCAGCGGCUGUCAGGCCAAGGCUAUUGUUUCUCCGCGUCGCUGCCUCCCAUGCUAGCUGCUGCAGCCAUAGAGGCCCUCAACAUCAUGCAAGAGAAUCCAGACAUUUUUGUUGUUUUGAGGGAAAAAUGCAAACGUGUUUACAAAGCAUUAAACGGAAUUCCAGGGCUGAAGUUAGUGGGAGUGCAGUUUGCGCCAGCUCUUCACUUGCAGCUGGAGAGAAGUUCCGGCUCUCGAGAGUCAGACAUGCAGCUGCUCCGCUCCAUUGUCGACUACUGUAUGGAGAGGCAGGUGGCUCUGACCCUCGCCCGUUACCUUGAAAAAGAAGAGCGAUAUCUUCCUCCACCCAGCAUCAGGGUGGUGGUGACCGUUGAGCAGACGGAGGAGGACAUCCAGAAGGCUGUGUCUUGUAUCCAGGAGGCAGCUCUAGCGCUUCUUCAAUGAAUGCAUGAAUGUUCUCCAGUGAAUGAAUGCAUGAAUGUUGUUCAGUAAGUGCAGAUUGUGUCAUUCUUUGGAGCGAGUAGGACGUGUGAAAAAGCGAUCGUGAGCACUGCCCAUUCCCAUUUCAUAUACUAGCCCUUCUUUUUUCCUCUUACUUGUGUCUUAAGUGUCCUUAAAUGUCACACACUCCCAGACUGUUGACUGAUCAGCAAUCAGCGGUCAGUAAUAAAAUAAAAACACUCCUUAAGUGGUGCUGAUGUUCAUUUGUUAUAUUUGACACGAAUGAAUACAUUCCUUUUUUUAGAACACCCCGCUACAACACGAAACUUUUUUUUUUUAAAGGUCUGCAAAUGUAUUCGAAAUAAAAAAUUGAGAAUUCAA